AUGGUAUUUAGUUGCAUUCCUGUGUGUCCAAAGGCAAGCUCAGCUAAAGAGGACGACGAGGAGCUUGGCAAUGUCACCACUGAAAUUCAUCAAGCAGGGCCAAACGGUGGACAGGUCAACAGCCCUGUAUUUGCAGGCAUCCAACCCCACUACAGAUAUUCUUUCAUGGACUAUUUCCUAAAAUACUUCCUCAUCAUAUCCAAUCUGGGGUUCACAGUUCUGGGCCUGGUGGUUCUUGUUCUGGGGAUGUGGGGCCUCAUCAGCAAGCAGUCGUUUGCUCAGGAGAAGAUCGGCAGCAUCGGCACUGACCCGAUGCUGAUAUUUUUGACUCUGGGCUUCGUGCUGACCAUGCUCUGCCUGUCAGGCUGUGUGGGCGCCUUAAGAGAGAACUGCACUUUACUGAAGCUGUUCUCUUUUGUGGUGCUGGCCCUCAUCACAGCCCAGGUGCUGACCGCCAUCGUGGCCUACAGUCUACAAGAUCAGGUUGGAGGCUACCUGCGGUCAGGGAUGUUAGCUGCCAUGGUUCGCUACCAGGACGAUCUGGACCUGAGGUUCAUAACGGACGAGAUUCAGUCCAAUCUGCAGUGCUGUGGGGCAGAUAACUACCGUGACUGGGAGCUCAACAUAUAUUACAACUGCUCAGCUCCAGGGGUGCUGGCCUGUGGCGUCCCCGCGACAUGCUGUGUGGACCCUCUGGAGAACGGAACAGUGUGGAACUCUCAGUGUGGUUUGGGAGCCCAGCUGCUGGAUGAGUUUAGUGCUCAGAGUGUGAUCUUCCUGGGCGGCUGUCUGGGAGGAAUCUCUCGCUGGAUCGAGCAGCACGAGGGCCUGAUCGGGACAGUCGGAGUAGUCGUACUGGGGGUCCAGAUUCUGACUCUGUUUAUCAGCACACGACUGUUAGAGAGCAUCCAGUGGCAUAAAGUUUACACAUAA